UGCUGCAGAAGGACGGACAGAGCAUAGAAAAACAGGGAGUGCAUCUUGUCUGCCACUUUUGCAGUGAAAAUUUCGGUGAAAAUAGCUUUGAUUUCCGAUCAAACCGCCUAAAAUUGUGCUUAAAAGUUACAGUAAGUGUCUGUUCUUCGUUUGUGAGUUUGGUUGCAAUGUGAAACCGCUGUGGAAAUGGACUAAUCGUAAUUUUUCUCCUCUCGUUCGGAUUGUGAAGAAAAUGUGUUGAACAAGGAAGUGAAAAAGUCACCAAUCGAUAAUCGCUCUGCGGGAGGUUUAUGUUGCUGCCAAGAGUGGGGGAAAGAAGUGUCCUACUUUCAAAUCAGCUGCCUUAAGAAAAGGGCGUUCCUGCGUUGAAACGUAAGACGGCGGAAAGCGGAAGGUGAAUCCGAGCGAUGAGAUUCAACAAACAGGAGCUGAUCACUUUGGCCACCCAACCGAGCAACAAAUUCGACAAAGAAGGUCCACUCUAUGUGACGGAGAAGCAGGAAGGAUUCUUCCGGAAAACCGAAGGAGAGGAGACCUCCAGUAACAAAGGCCCAAACGCGAAGACCCAUCAUAAGCGCAAACAGUCGCUCAGUUGCAUUGGUGGUACCCAGAAAGUCAGCCUCGAGAAGUGGUGCCGACUUCGGGGCAAUCUUCUGUUCUACUUCAAAACCAGCGACCAGUUCUCGGAACCGCAGGGAUGCAUCGUGCUAGAGAAGUACCGCUGCGUUAAGCAGGGUGACCUCAAGGAGUACGACGGUUACGUGUUCUAUCUGGAAUUCGAGGACGGCCUGCGGCAGCGGUUCGCCACCAACACCGAGCAGGAGCGCCUGGAAUGGAUGCAGGCCAUCGGGCUGGCCGGGUACGACGUUAAGCGAGCCCAGCUCAAGUACCUGCGGGAGCAGAUCGACAAGAAGCGUGGCAUGAUCCACGAUGUGGACGUCGAUAUGCUGCGGCUGCAGACCGGCAAAGAGAUAGAGCUCAACGAAGUCCCGAUCUGCGAAUCGGCCAUCUCCUGUGACAAUCUGCUGUGCGACGGCAAUGGGAAACCGCCGAACCCUUCGGUAGUGGUCCAAGUUACGUCCAACAAUCGAGCGGCCAGCGGUUGGGUCAAAUACGGACGCACCGAAGUCAUCGAGCGCAGUUCCAAUCCGCAGUUCAUCUGCACGAUAACGUUCCGGACGGGGGACGGCCUGAAUGCCAAAUCUCAGAUCCGUUUCACGGCGUACGACGUGCGGGAAAAAGUCACCCAGACUGCGGUUCCCAUUGGGUGGGCCGAGGUGGCUCUCGGAGUUAUAACGGACACUUCGCGGCUGAGGAUACCGCUGAGGACGCAGAGUCCUUGCGGAGGUAAUGCUGGGUUUAUCACGAUUGCCACUUGUGCGCCCGAUUUAGAGAAGAAGACUUCCCGGUCGCCGGCCAAGGCCGGUCUGGAUCAGCAACAGCAGCACCAGCAUCAGCAGGCUAUUGGCCAUCGGAGGUCGCAGUCGUUGCCGCCGAAAUUGGGCGUGAAAUUGUUUAUACCGCCGCCCUCGAAGCUGGCGCUGGUGUUCACCAAUCCUAAC